AUGAAACCACCCGAGUCGCCCACAGUCGCGCGGUCAACCAACGGCCCCCCUUCCACCCCCCGACCAGCCACAACACCAGCGUCAACGUCCUACCACCGCGAGCGCCAAUUGAAACCAGUGAGGCAAGGGCAACACGCGUGGAGCGAGCACAACGCGGCCUGGAACGCUCCACAUGGCCUGGGGUACCGGCUAGCAUGUCCAUGGUCGGUCGCAACGGUUGGCUACGAGUCACGGCCCGGUACGGGAUACAAAUCAAUUAUUGGGCUUAUCGGGAACCUGGACCUGGACCUGGACCUGGACCUGGACCCUACGAGUCUGACUCUUGACUCUGGAACACGGUCGCCCCCUUGUCUGGACGUCAGUGCGGCCCUUUCUACAGUAAUUGUCAGUCCAGGGACUCCGUCCAGAUCGGGUACAGACUACAGAGUGGCAGACGAUGGCCGUUCGUCCUUGUACCUGGUACACAUGGACUUGAGCCCGUGA